UCCCCGAGCCACGUCGCGCAUAGCUCGCCAUUUUCCCAUCUUCUGAAGCCAGUCUAUUUUGGUGUCGCGGUGUCAUUCAGCGCCGUCGGAUCGUUAAUUGAUCGUCAUCACAGACAAACUGAGCUCUUUGUAGACUCUUUCAUCGGGUCACCUCUGCUGGAGCUCCGCAAACAUGAACAUUUUCAGGCUAACCGGCGAUCUCUCCCACCUGGCAGCCAUCAUCAUCCUGCUGCUGAAAAUAUGGAAAACCAGGUCUUGUGCCGGUAUUUCCGGAAAGAGUCAAGUCCUGUUUGCCUUGGUGUUCACCACUCGCUACCUGGACCUGCUCACCGCCUUCAUCUCGCUCUACAACACCAGCAUGAAGGUCAUCUACAUUGGGUGCGCGUACGCAACCGUCUACCUGAUCUACCUCAAGUUCAAGGCCACAUAUGACGGGAAUCACGACACGUUCCGAGUGGAGUUCCUGGUUGUCCCGGUCGGGGGCCUGGCUUUCCUGGUGAACCACGACUUCUCUCCCCUGGAGAUCCUGUGGACUUUCUCCAUCUACUUGGAGUCGGUGGCCAUCCUGCCGCAGCUUUUCAUGAUCAGCAAGACCGGUGAGGCCGAGACCAUCACCACCCACUACCUGUUCUUCCUGGGACUCUACAGAGCCCUUUACCUCUUCAACUGGAUAUGGAGGUUCUACUUCGAGGGAUUCUUCGACAUGAUUGCCAUCGUUGCCGGGGUCGUACAGACAAUCCUCUACUGCGACUUCUUCUAUUUGUAUGUCACGAAAGUGCUGAAAGGAAAGAAGCUGAGUCUGCCGGCUUAAGUGCCAAAGAGGAGUGCUUUGGGAGACUCAUAGAGGGGGACGGGACGGGAGGAGGUGAGGUAUUGCUCGCCUCUGAAGCCCCCCCUCCACCCCCACUGCUUCGUCCUCGUCCCAAGUGUAAGAUGCCUGAGACAGAGAGCGACCGGCUGCACCUUCUUCCCAUCCGCAAUCAGCGGGAUCAGAACCCUGCAGCGGCCGGUCCGUGGCCUUUUAGGAUUUCUGUUUGAUGCAUCUUGCCUUAACUUUUUUUUAAUACUCUGUAUAAAGGAUGAAAAAAGAAAAAAACACAAUUUCUUUUCUACAGAAAAAUGUGGACAAAAAUGUACUACAUUUGUGUACAUUGGUGAAAAAGAGAUGAAGAUGUAAAAUUGCCUUGAUCUGGCAUUGUAUGAUAUUGAAGCGGACUUCUUGUGGUGGGAUAUUGAUGCAAGCGUAUGUAAUAGCGUUUCAAUCAGAAUAAAUGUGCUUUGUUUUUCAUUCCUGACUCAAUUGGGGAGGAAUUUAACUAAUCCGAAUCGAAUGAUGUUCUGCUUUGUUUUUGACCACUCUGGGUUUCCAUGUAUAAAGACUGUCUGUUUUAGUUUCCCGUGCAUUUGGUAGAGUAGAAAUUCAUUGUAGAUGCCACAAUUUAACUCUUCUUCCAGAAAUGAAAAUAUUCUUUUUUUUUUUUUUCUAAAGCCUUCCAAAUUGGCUGAUAUGAGUUGCUUUUGUGUGAUUGACAGUAAAUGGUUGGGAAGGAUGCACGUCGUUGUAAAUGGCUUUCUUCAUUUGAACAUUGCGUUUAUUACCCGGUGAGGACAUCACACACACGUUACCUGUAAAUAUACAUCUUUGCCCAGCUCAUCCAUCUCAGCCCUGUAAAGGUCAGAGAGAAUUCUCUGGUGAUGUUUGAAUCAUCUCAAGAUAAAAUUCUUUGGCUUUUCUUUCAGACGCAGAUGUAUGUUAACGUUUAUAUCUUCCUCCUGGCUUCCAAUGAAUAGAGCAACUAGUUGUGCAUACUUUCUACGGCAGGAUGAAAGCUCACCUUUUGCGCAGGAGCGAGGUCCUGCUUAACGUAGUUUUAAUCAAAUAGUUCUCGAGACACAUUUGCUUCACUCCAAGUUUCCUUUUUCAUUUAUUGCCAGAGCUUUUGCAUGAUCUUGCUACCACGAAUAAAGCUGUUAUGGGAAA